GGCACACUAGGUGGCGGUGUAGUGCUGUCGUCAUCCGCUGGACCGGUUUGUAAACACUAGCCACGUUACGCUUUGAACUAAAAUUGUUCUUAGUAUGCAAUGCCUUAGUUUGUUGAUUCCUGCUUUGGUCGGAUGUUGCUGGGAAAAUCAUCCACGACCUUUAAAGAUGCUAAGCUAACUACUGUUCGCUGUUAUUACGGCACUACUUUGGAAAUGGAAUGACAAGGAAGCUAAUUCAGCAGCAUGAUAUCACAGGUCUUCAUCUUGUCCUCCAAAGGGGACCGUCUCAUCUACAAAGACUUCAGAGGAGACGCAGAAAGUGACGUUGUCAAUGUUUUUUAUGAGAAAGUGACAGCGCUGACCGGAGACCAGCCUCCAGUUGUCAUGAGACACAAACAAGUCCACUAUGUCCACGUCCGGCAGGGAGGACUCUACUUGGUUGCCAUGACAACAGCAGACUCCUCCCCCUUCGCUGUGCUUGAGUUCCUGAACAGGUUUGCUGCUCUGGUCAAAGAUUACUGCGGCGGGCUCUCGGAGAAAUCGGUGCAGAUGAACUUUGCGCUCAUCUAUGAACUUCUAGACGAGAUGGUGGAUUACGGUUACGUCCAGUCGACAUCAUCUGACGUCCUGAAGAACUUCAUCCAGACGGAGGCAGUCUCGCCGCAACCCUUCAGCCUCUUUGACCUCGGCAACGUGGGACUGUUUGGAGCCGACACCCAGCAGAGCAAAGUGGCGCCAAGUUCUGCUGCCACAAGGCCAAUCCAGGGAGGAAAGAGCGAGAUAUUUGUGGACGUUGUUGAGAGGAUGGCGGUAGUGAUUGGUACCAACGGCGUACUGAUGAAGGCAGACGUGCAGGGCGAGGUCAAGGUCAAAUGCUUCCUGCCUAGUUGCUCUGAGAUCCGCAUUGGCCUAAAUGAGGACUUGAGUGUCGGCACGUCUCAAUUCAGAGGUUACGGUACGGCAGUCCGAGUUGAUGAAUGCAGCUUCCAUCCAGCGGUCCGACUGGAGGAGUUCGACAGUCACCGGAUCCUCCGAUUGAGCCCGAGCCAGGGAGAGCAAAGCAUCAUGCAGUACCAGUUGGCCGACCAUCUUCCCUCCGCCCUGCCUUUUCGCCUUUUUCCAGCCAUUGAGAAAGACAGCGGUGGCAGGCUGCUGAUGUACUUGAAGCUACGCUGCGACCUGCCGCCUAAAAGUGCCGCUGUUAACGUUAGCGCCACUAUACGGGUACCUAAAGGCUGCAUCAGUUUGUCUCAGGAGCUCAGCAGUCCUGACCAGAAUGCCGAGCUGAGGUCGCAGAGCCGAGCUGUGUUAUGGAAGAUUCUGCGCUUUCCGGGAGGAACGCAGCUCUCUGCCCUGUUCAAGCUGGAAGUUCCCGCCCUAAGCUCUGCCUCCAUGAUGGAGGUCGGCCCUGUGGGUCUGAGCUUUGAGCUGCCCAAGGUCACCGCCACCGGCCUUCAUAUCCGUUUCCUGCGCCUGUCCCCCGUCCAGCCUGGCCCGGCCCAGCGCUGGGUCCGAUACGUCACGCACUCGGACUCGUACACCAUCCGCAUAUAAGUCCAGGUCAUUGCGCAUCCUCCACAGCGCCCUCUGUUGGCUUCACCGGAAAAUUCAAGAAGCGGACUUGUUGUCAGUGCUUGGAUUGAAUGUGAUGCCAGCUUGUGAUCAAAUUACCUUUUUUGGAAAUAAAGCAUUAAAA